AUGGAGGCAUCUGCCCUGAAGGCCUGGGAGCUGGACAACAAUAUCCAGCUAGUCGAUCCCAAACGCGACGCUCUCUACAACUUCGACGCCGAUGCUCAGAAGGCCAUAAACAACGAAAAGGCAUGGAAGCAAACACCAGACUACUUCAAGCAUGUGCGAAUAAGCGCUACUGCUCUCAUAAAAAUGACCAUGCACGCGCGAUCCGGUGGCAACCUCGAGGUCAUGGGCUUGAUGCAAGGCUACACCCACCAGGACACAUUUAUCGUCACCGACGCAUUCCGACUGCCCGUUGAAGGAACAGAGACUCGUGUCAACGCACAAGGCGAAGCGAACGAAUACCUUGUCGAGUACCUUGAUCUAUGUCGAGCGCAGGGCCGACAGGAGAACGUGGUGGGCUGGUACCACAGUCACCCAGGCUACGGAUGCUGGCUGAGCGGUAUCGAUGUCGAUACAGAGGCCAUGCAGCAGAAGUGGCAGGACCCUUUCCUUGCCGUAGUUAUCGACCCCGAUCGUACUAUCAACUCAGGCAAGGUCGACAUCGGCGCUUUCAGAACAUACCCAGAGGACCACCAGGCCGGUAAUGGCACAGCCACCUCUGAUGGCUUCCAAGCAGUGCCUCUCGCCAAGGCCGCAGAGUUUGGUGCUCAUGCGAGCCGUUACUACAGUCUCGAAGUCUCCCAUUUCAAGAGCUCUCUCGACUCGCAUCUCCUCGAGCUCCUCUGGCACAAGUAUUGGGUACAGACUCUCAGCCAGAACCCACUGAUCACGAACCGCGACUAUGGCAACAAACAGAUGCUCGAUUUGAGCUCUAAGAUCAAGGAAGCGACAACAGGCAUCACACGAAGCCGAGCUGGACAAGGCAUGAUGGGUACGAGCCAUAAGAGCUCUGACAAGGCCGUGGACAAGCUGGCAAGGGAAGCCAGCCUCAUUGCAUCUAAGGAGAGGACUGGCCUGGUGGCGAAUCAGGUCAAGGCUAGCGUUUUCAACGACCUUGGAUCAAAGGCUGAAGAACCAACAUCGUGAAAAGGAAUGACACUGGGAUUAUGGGAAUGCAUGUAGCAUAACGAAUCGGCAUAGAUGGCGUUCAGAGGUGAAAUCAGCAAUAUUUACUUUUAUCUGCGUUUAGAGUCUUAGAGUGCAUUCUUCCUCCAUCCUACAUCAUCAGUAUGGAAAGCUAGGUGUUUGAUCUUUCAAGUGGCCUUAAGAAGGGGGUUCCGAUGGCAUGACUACCUCCUAGAAGUGAGUAGAUUACAAUACGACCUCAAAUUAUCUUCACCUGGCCAGUCAAUAGCCUGCCUAGUUUGCCCAAUUGAUGAUUCACCAAUCAACUAUUUUCGCUUCAUCUAGAGACAGAUCUAGGCGAGGUGGAUAAAAUAAGUGGGUGGAGGAUCGCCGACUUUAUGGAUAAACGUAAAAUUCGACAGCACAAAGAGCU